AUGGGUUCCGGUUUCGAUCUCACACUCCUCGCCCUUGUCGGCUGCGUCGCCUACAGAGCCUACGAAGUCCGCCGCAUCCGCCAGAUCACGGAAGCCGGCGAGCUCAAGGAACAAAUCCUCGCCAUGGGCCACGGCCGCCUCUGGCCUACAUGCCCAGGCGCUCGCUUCGAAAUCAUCACACAGACCGCCUUCCAACAAUACAGAUCCAAGUUCUUCGCCAGCCUCGUCAUGUUCACCGAUGAUGGAUUCAAGAUCAUCAUCAAGACGCGCACCGGGAGCGGCGAUGUGCUCGAGGCGCUGGAGGGGCUGCUUGAGGAGCUCGCCGUGUACGUUAUUGAGCAUGAGGAUGAGAUCAAGAAGGCGUUUGAUGAGGCGGUUUCUUCCAAGGUGCGUAGAGCUGAAGGUGUGGAUGAUGUGAUUCCACAGAGGAAGGUGCCGUAUGUCGAUCGUCUCGAUGGGAGGGUUAUCAUGCGAUGUGCUGCAAUGUAG